ACUUAAAUCUGAUGUAUAAUGUUCCAAUAAAACAUGGUUCUUGUGGUCGGAUUUGAGCUGCUUUAAUCACACAAGCUUUGUAAGGAUGUGAAGAUGGAGGCCUGUGCAACAGUAAAUGAAGACACAUCAAACUCUCUGGAACAAAACACCAAUGUAGAACAACAGAAUGAAGAAAUUCCGAAGACCACUGUCAAAGAGGAAGUACCUGACCUCUGUGGAGGGACAUCAAGCUGUCUGGCCAAUAUCAGCCCCAUGGACCAACAAAAUGAAGAGAUUCUAAAGGUGAUGGUCAAAAAGGAAGAAUCUGAAGAUGACAGCUUCCUUUACUGUGAGGAGUGCAGAUCCUUCUUCAUCAGCGAGUGUCAGGUUCAUGGUCUGCCUCUCUUUAUUCCUGAUAACCCUGUCCUUAUGGGGGUCACAGACCGAGCCAAACAAACCAUUCCCCCUGGUCUAGAGGCUCGGGAGUCCAAUAUUCCUGAUACAGGUCUAGGAGUGUUUAAUAAAGGGGAGACUGUUCCAGUUGGUGCACAUUUUGGACCCUAUGAGGGAGAACUGGUAGAACAAGAAGAAGCCAUGAACAGUGGAUACUCCUGGGUGAUAUAUAAGAGUGGGAACUUUGAGAAAUACAUAGACGCCAAAAAAGAGACCCAUUCUAACUGGAUGAGGUUUGUGAAUUGUGCUCGUAAUAAUGAGGAGCAGAAUCUGGUAGCAUUCCAAUUUCAAGGGUCUGUUUUUUACCGUUGCUGUCGACCCAUUGAACCAGGACAGGAACUCUUGGUGUGGUAUGAGGAGGAGUAUGCCAGAGGUGUUACAUUUGAUUACCUGUGGAAAAAAAAGUGUUCAGCAAAUGUAAGUCAUCAAUCAAUAACACAUUCAUCAGCAAUGGAGCAACUUUUGUUCAUACUCAUUGUCACAGGUGUUGUACAGGUUGUCCUGUCUGUCCCUCGUAAGUAUUAUCUUAUCCAGCAGGGAAAGACAUGGACAGAUGCCCUGACUUACUGCAGAACCUACCACAAUGAUCUAGCCACCUUCGAAAGUAAUGCUGACCUAGUUAAACUUCAAAGUGUAGCUCAGGAACAACAGUUCACUUCCAACGCUUGGAUUGGGCUGUACGAUGACAUCAAUAGCUGGCGCUGGUCCAUGGGAAAUGAGCCACUAGGGACCGAGACCAUGUGGGAGCCCGGGCAGCCUGACAACGGAAAUGGUGAUCAAAGCUGUGUACUGACAACUUUUGCUACUUGGUAUGAUGCACCAUGUUCACUUCCUAGAAGAUUUGCAUGCAUUGAUGGCAAUAAAACUGGCAAUGAUAGAUUUGUUUCCUACACUACUUCGGUUACUUGGUUUGAAGCGCAGAGUUACUGCAGGCAGUUUCACACUGAUCUGGUCACCAUACGAGACUCAAACGAAGCCUCAUAUAUAAACAUAUUAAGUCAAGGGUGGGGUGUUUGGAUUGGCCUGUUCAGAGAUACCUGGAAAUGGUCAAACCAGACCAACUUUACCACUAUUCCAUGGGCAACUGGAGAACCUAAUAACGGCAUGGGACAUGAAGACUGUGGUUUCAUUAAUAAUGCUCUGGCUGGUGAUGCACAAUGUUCUCUUGUUCAACCUUUCUUUUGUUUUGGAGUAAUCACAGGACAGAUUCAGAUUAUCAGGUUGAAGAUUCAGUCGGAUCAGAAUAUGAACGACCCUGCACUCCUGGCUGCAAUUCUGGACAAGAUCCAGCAGAAACUGAUGGCGGGUGGAAUGGCCAUGAACAUUACAGUGAAAUUCAGAGCGCAAUCUGAUGUAGUAUUUCACAAGCUGGGCCAAAAAAGUAAUGGUACAGUUGCAAAUAAGUGCAACAUAACAUUUUUCCCCUAAAUAUUUAGCUCAAGCUCUGUACUUUUAUGGUGCAUUAGACUGAUUUAGUGUGUAGUGUGGUUACAGAGGAAAAGUAAAUUAUAAGUAGUGUAAUAGUGACAGAUUAUGCAAAAAUACAAAAUUUGAAUCGUGAGACACAUUUUGCUUUUUCUGUGUUGCUGAGCAGGAGGAAUCCGAGACCACUUCUUUAUCUUAAACAUGAAUUAUUAAAAAAGCAUUUUUGAUACUGUUGGUUUAGUUGCACGAGGUACAGCAACAUGAUUAGUCUUAUUGUUAUUCUUUAGUACAGAACUUUUACAAUUUCAGACAUGAGAACCUGGCUUAUUUAUUUAUAAUUUAGGUGUGUAAUGUAGUAUAUAAUACCGUCAGUGCUAAUCUUUU